UUCAACCGAUACGUAUCGAUACACUCCAAUUUCUUCCUUGAAAAUAUUGUACAAUUUAUAUUUUAUAAUAAUUGACAAUUGUUGAUAAUAUUUAAAAAACAAAUAAUUUUCAAUUUGUCCUAAUGUCCAAUAGGUCGCAAUCUUGUAAUAAUUGUAAAACAAAUUCAAAUGAUGGAUAAACAUUUAGUAGAUUUUGACUGGAAAUUAAAGUAUGUUAUGGGCAGCAGUUCAUUAAGUACAUUGGAAGAACCAUUACUUCAAGUUAUAUUGCAUUUGAAGGAUGGCCCCAGGUCAAAUAACACAGAAAAUCCAAAAGUAUCCGAAAAUGUCUUUUUGGAAUUUUCUCAAGAAGAACUUUUGUUAUUUAUAGAAAAACUCAAACAGUCCUUAUAGGUAACAUUGUAUAAUACACUUUAAUAUAAUAAAUACAUUGUUUAUAUAAUUAAAAUCACAACAUUUUGAUA